UACUGAGGUUGCGCUGUUGGAAGCCACUACUUUCUUUCUGCUACGCCCCAAACUACGGGGGAAAAACAACCACUAGCUGUAGCUGUGUACACCCUGCCCGGACUGGAUUUAAAAGCAGACACAUCCAGCUGCAGCUCCGCAACGAGGAACCACAGAAGCGUAAUCUUUUUUUUUUCUUUUUUUCCACCGAGAAGGAGCAGAUUUCCUCACGCAAAAGGCAGAAGGCAGGAGGCCGCCGCUGGAGAAGCCAACCGUGCGUCUGGAGCAGGACUAGCUAAACAGAAACCACGACAUCCAGGCCGCCUUGGUGUUUGCUCACUUCACGGCUGUUUUGACAUCAUAUUACGGUGUUACAACCGCCACAGCCGUGAUUUCAGUGUCCCCUCGGCCAUGCGAGGAGCUCGGAUCUCCGCAGAGGAAUGCGCCGCCUGCUCCCGGCGUUAGCUCAGCCGCGGCUCCAUGGCCAACAGUAACAACAUGCUCCUGGCCUCUGCCGUGGUGGUGUGGGAAUGGCUGAACGAACACGGCCGGUGGCGGCCCUACAGCCCCGCCGUCUCCCACCAGAUAGAGGCGGCCAUCCGGAGCAGCGACCCCCGCGGAGGGAGCGUGGUCCUCGGCCAGGUGGACAGCCGGCUCUCGCCAUACAUCAUAGACCUCCAGUCCAUGCACCAGUUCAGACAGGACACUGGAACCAUCCGUCCGGUGCGGAGGAGUUUUUAUGAUCCAGCCUCGGCCCCGGGUCAGGGCUGGCAGUGGGAGUGGGAAAACGAUGCAGGCACGUGGACACCGUAUGACAUGGAGGUGGCCAUCGCCAUCGAGAGCGCCCACAACCGCCAGCAGCCCUUCCUCGACCUGACACCGCUCGGCUUCUGCUACCUCAUUGAUUUCCAGAACAUGACACAGGUGAACAGACAGAGCCAAAGGUGUCGGAGGAUCCAGAGGCGUGCUGACAUGGCCUAUCCUUUAGUGUCCGGUCCUCUCCCGGUCCCCAAAGGAGGAGGUGUAGGCGGGAGUGGAGGCCUGACAGGAGCUUUGCUGGGCGUUGGGGUGUCUGGGGCCAGCAUGGGGAUCUCAGGCUCUGUCUACUCCAACGGAGGCUUACCGGCUGCCGGACUGGGCCAGCCAUGCUCCUGCCAGCAAUGCAUGCUGGUCCUCAGUGUGAAGACCAACACCGGGGGGACAGUGGGAGGAGGAGCAGGGAUACAGACUCUGAGCAGGCGCUCGCUGACCAUACAGCGGCCCAAGACCUCAGCACUCACCGCCUCCAAACCUCUCAGUCCCUCUAAAUCGGCCACUCUGGGACGAGGACAGCAGCAGAACUCCAACUCCAACUCCAACUACUACCAGACGCUGCCGCACGGCCUCGCCAUCUCCAAAAACAUCGCCUCUCCGAGAAGGAACGCCCAGCUCUUCGCUCAGUCGCUGGCCGCCCUCACCGCCGGCACCUCCUCUAUGGGCAUCUCUGUGUCUUCCAACAGGCCGCCUCCCCCGUCCCUCCCUCCCCCUCAGCCACCGUCAUCCAACCCGAGUCUGAACCCUCCGUCCGUUCCGCCCAAACAUUCCUCAUCCUCAGCCAACGAAUCAGUGCCAACCGCCAUGUUGAUUACCCCUGCCAGCAGCGUGACCACGCCCCCUUCUCCCGUGCCAUCUCCGUCGCCGGUGGUGAUGAAGCCGCAGCGCACACCGUCGUCCGCAGCAACAGUUUGCCAUGCCCCGUUACCACAGCGAUCGAGCCUAGCCGGGCUUAGCAGACCAGCGUUACAGAGGAUUGCUAUGGCUCAGUCCAGAGCGCUCAUAGCAUCAGGUGUGCCCACCGUCCCAGUGAAGAACCUCAAUGGAUCCAGCCCUGUUCACCCUGCACUGGCCGGGAUCACGGGAAUCCUGAUGAGUGCCGCCGCUCUGCCCGUCUGCCUGACCAGGCCCCCGAAGCUCGUGCUGCAUCCUCCACCUGUCAGCAAGAGCGACAUCAAACCGGUGCCAGGCUUCGGCCACUGCUGCAGAAAGACCACCAAGAAGCAGGCUCGCAAGGGUAAAACUCCAGAGGAGGUGGUAAAGAAGUAUCUACAGAAAGUAAAAAGUCCACCAGAGGAGGACUGUACCAUCUGUAUGGAGCCACUGGGGGGUCCGUCUGGAUACAAGGGCCCAGGGGUGGGGCCUGUUUCCAGGGCGGAGUCCGUCGGUCGACUAGCACAGUGUGGACACCAGUACCAUUUCCAGUGUCUGGUGGCCAUGUACAAUAACGGCAACAAGGAUGGCAGUCUUCAGUGUCCCACCUGUAAAACCAUCUACGGCGUAAAGACGGGCAACCAGCCGGCGGGGAAGAUGGAGUACCACGUCAUCCCCCACUCUCUACCAGGACACCCUGACUGCAAAACCAUACGCAUCAUCUACAACAUCCCACCAGGCAUUCAGGGACCAGAGCAUCCGAACCCAGGGAAGCCCUUCACUGCCAGAGGCUUUCCCCGACACUGCUACCUCCCAGACAGCGAGAAAGGACGCAAGGUACUCAGACUGCUCCUGGUAGCGUGGGACCGUCGGUUGAUCUUCUCAGUUGGUACUUCGAGCACUACAGGAGAGUCCGACACCGUCAUCUGGAACGAGGUCCAUCAUAAGACAGAGUUUGGCUCCAACCUGACGGGCCACGGCUUCCCCGACCCCGGACACCUCGACAACGUCCUGGAAGAGCUCCGAGCUCAGGGCAUCACGGAGGACGACGGACUGAUGGAAAAGUGAAAGCUACGACCAGCGGAGACGGAGGAGACGCCAGCGAGAGAGCAGCAAAGAGUGGAAGCAGAGGAGGAGGAAAAAGAGGAGGUCCUGGACUGAGAAAGACUCUCUGCCAGCACUUAGAGGGACGUUUAGAAGAUUCUGUUUUGCAGAGGCAACCACUUGCUGAGAUGUCAUUGCCGGGGUCGCCUGUCAGUGCGAGUCUGUCCACAGUCUUACAAGCAUCAACAGGAGUGGGUGGAAGUUGGAGGAAGCAGCAACAGCAGCAGCUCAGAAAGGAAAAGCGAGGAAAAAAACAAGGUUUUAGCUAGGUACUAAAUGACAACUGUGAGAGUGAAUCGGUACUAAUACUUAGGACAAAAACAAGUUUACUUUACUGGGAGUCAGAAAGAUUUAAAAAGAUGGAAUAAUGUUAGAGCAGUUCAUUAAAAACAGGGAGAGAAAGGACAAAGAGAAGAAGUUGGAGUGAUUGAGGGAGGAAACUGGAGAGAGAAGAGCAGAAAGAGAGGAAGAUGGUGUACGAAUGUAGUGUAGGAUAGGAGUAGAGUAAAACUAACCUGUAUGGUGCUUUCCAGGUACUUGAGCUACCAAUAAAAACACAAAGAGUGAUGAAAGGACAGACAGAGACUGAGAGCUCGCUUUGUUCAAACCACCUGCUUGUUUGUGGUUGCUGCGCCCUCUUGUGGGUUUUCUGAUGAACAACAUCAGCCUGCAAGCUGCUGGAAAAAACACAGUUAUCCUUUUGAGUUAUCCACCUGUGUUACUUUUUUAUCAUCGUUAUUAUAACCCUCAUUUAACGUCAUUCCAUACUUUACCUCUCGUUGGGUUUUAUAUGAGCUCUGUGUUUAUGAUUGUGCGUGAAAUGACAAAAGACCAAACCGAGGCCUCGUCUUUCGGGGCCCAUUUGGAGUCUUACUGUUGAGCCACUGUGGUACUAGUUAACCUUAGAUGCACAGGUACCAGUGUUCUUUAUUUGAUUUUGUAGGUUUUGAUGAAGCCGUUUUCCACUGCAAGAACUUUCUAGAGCGGCGCGAACCUUUGAGUUUGUUACAACAGCAGGAACCGCCAUGUAGAGGCUGUUUUCAUGGGAGAAGAAACAUACCUCCUCCAGGUACCUCUGAGCAGCCCUGACAGAACUGUUGUGUGGGGCUCGAUGCUGAUUGGUUGAACUCUGAGAGGACAACGAAUGCCAAUUUUAUGCCUUCUCAGUGUCCUCGUCGAGUAGCAGUUUUCUUUUCAUUAACGUCAUUGUCAGCAUAAGAUUCAGACCUCCGUUGCUCUGUUUCCUACAUAGAACUGGAGUUAUUAUUUGUCACUGUUUGGGCAAACUCAAAGUCACCGUCGAAUGUUUCAGCGGAUGGAGGUGCUGUUGGUGUUGGUCUCACUGCCAGAAAGCCCCUCAGGCUGGGCAGAGGGUGAGACAGUUUGGUGGUAAGAGGAUGGAGAGGACAAAUCCAGAGCAGGAGAUAACACAGACAGAGAAACUCACACAAAAAAACUACAAAACAUUGGGAUUGAUCCAACUUUAAAGGAUUAUUCUGGUUUAUUUUAUAAUAAUGCGUCUGUUGUGUCUUCCAUCAUUAUUGUGGAAAUUCAAUGCAAUUGGGACACAACGUUGUAUAUAAUGGCAAAAAUCUCCCUGCAACAUUUGUUUAAAAUGACUUCAAAUUUGUUUACAACUACACAAACCUGUCCUAAAUUACUUUAACCUUGUCUAAAAUGACAAUAAAUGAUCUAAAAUGAGUCAAAUGUUUUAUUAAAAUGACAAAAACUUGACCUAAGUGACUCGAAACAUGUCUAACAUAGCAGGAAUUAUCCAAAAUGAGUCUAAAUUUGUUUUGAGUUACUUAAAAUUUCUGACAAAAACCUGAUCUGAGUGGCUCAAAAGUUGUCUAAAAUUUAAAAAAAGACUCAGAAUUUGUUUGAAAUGACAAAUAUCUGUCCUACAUUACUUAAACCUUGUCUAAAAUGAUAAUAAAUUAUCCAAAAUGACUCAAACAUUGUAUAAAAUAACUCAAAAUUCAGUUGAAAUUACACAAGUUUGCCCCAAAUUACUUGAAACUUGUCUAAAAGGACAAAAUGAGUCAAAAUUGGUUUAAAAUGACAAACGUCUGUCCUAAAUUACUUGGAACUUGUCUAAAAUUACAAAAAUCAAUCCAACACGAGUCAAAAUUGUGUUUAAAAUAACUCAAAUUUUGUUGGAAAACUUUGAAAUUACUAGAAAGUGUCUCCAAAUUAGUCUAAAAUAACAUUUUUUUCUCUUUUUUGUUAGAGCAAAACGUUACAGCAGUGGUGCAUUCCAUAGCAGCUGGAAAAAUCGGAUCUUCUGAUAUCUGACAAGGAAAAAAAGUUGAAUGUGAAUACAGCUUUCUGUAUUUUUAAUGCGUCUGAAACAUCUGACAAUGCAGCUUUUGAGCCUUUGUCAUUCUUCUGUUCUGAUGAAGUGCAUGUCAGCUAAUGAGAAUUUAGGAGAUUCACAUUAUGAGGUCUUUAAUUUAUCACCAGUCAAUGUUCUUAAGUCAUCCGCUCUCCUGCUCUUACCUCUGCUCCCACCGACUGAAAACCCGCCGCCCAGCCUCUCAGUCGGGUCAGUAAACGGUAUUUUAUCACCGUGUUACGAGCAGAAUCUGUGGACUGUGUUUACUACCAACAAGCUCCCAGUCUAGGCUUUACUUUGGUACUCAUCCCUCCACUGAUGAUGAUAAUGAUGGUACUCCCUUCUUUAUUAUGUUCUUCUUUAUGAAAUGUAGUCACACAUUUGCUUUUUAUUAGCAUCUUUUUUGACACUAUCAUAGAAUAAAUUGCCUUUUUUCAUUUUGUACAUUUAUGUCUUAAUAAUUCUGCCCUUUUUCAUUUGUUACAGUUUGUUUGCAAAGACAGUAUUAUUAAAUACCGUGUCUUUUAUUUUCUCUGUGUACAGACGUUAAGCUGAUUUGCAUCUUCUUUUCUUUGGAAAAGGAAUUUGAUGGUAGACUUUUAUCUGAGUGUGACAUAUAAUGAACGUUAGUAGGAAGCCAAACCCUGAUACACUUGCUGUUCUGUUAAUCUUUUCUGCACGGAGCCUUUGCAACCCUGGAAGGUUCCACAGAAGUUUUGUAGAUGGAUAUUUUACAUCCAGCAAAUAAAAAAAAACAAAAGAUUAUUUCACACCUUGUAAAAUGUUUUUUAAAAUCACAACUUCCUCUUGUGUUGUUGCAGUUUUCUUGCAAAAACUGCCCAAAGAGAAAGUGGAAAAACACUGAUUUUGUAUGAUCAGUUAGUCCAAUUGAUCCUAAUUUGUUGUUUUGCUAUUAAAUGAAUGGCUUUGAAUAAAAUAUCACUAGUUUUAUCGCUGUUUCUCUUAAACUGGGUCUCGACUAAGCUACGAUUCAACAUUUCUGUUUAAAAUGUGCAUUUGUUUUUGCCGUCACCGUUUCCCAUCCUGGCUGGAGGCUCCAAACGUCCGUGGACACCGGCCCUCCAUGGCAUCAUGCCUGUGAGGAGAGGGUGGGAGUAAUGUGACCAUGGGUGAUGGUACAGGAGAAACAGAGCAUCAGAACAUGAUAAGCAAAGUGUAAAUACUGCAAAAAUAAUUGCUGGAGUAUGAAUGAUUAAUACAUGACAAUUAAAAAAAAUAAAGAAUGGAUGAAACUUA